AUGGAUAUUUAUCGCGGGUUUGUGUAUACGGAGAUGGGUGACUCUCUCACAGACUUACCGGAAGCUCGUUGGAAUGCCUGCGAGCAACCUCUCUUCAUUCUGGGGUUCUUUCUUCGUCCUGAAUAUGUCGUAAAAGCAAGAAAUCUUCCACCAACUGUGAUUACCGAGCUGGACGAUGUUUGUCAAUUUGCACAAUAUUACUAUCGUCGCUUUGUAAAUGAAGAUGACAGCGGGUUACGUGGUGAAAUGUUCGAUUGGAUUCAGGGAAGUUAUACAACUUCACGCUCUGCCGCCUUCAGCAGCGAUGCAGUGUCGACGUUUUUGGAGUACGCGAAGAAUACGAAAACGAACCGCAAACUUCCUGUGCUUGCUCUCACAAUAUUGUCCAUCGCCGUUAAUAGGGCAACAUGUGAGCGUUUGUUCGGUGAGCUUGCGCUAAUCCGGACUUCAAAGUAA